UAAAAAUUAUUGUUCAGAGUUAGUCAGGUUUGAACGGUCGAUUCACGAUUUCUGUGGUGUCAGUUGGUGUCGAUUCUUUCUCAAGUUGGGUAGUUGUAAGCAAGCCUUCUUGGAAUUAACUAGUGCAGUCAGUCUUGACUACCCUUCGGGCACCGUUCGUCUAGUGAACUUUCCGCGGGAGUCGCGGUCAACUCGCAUAGGUCUUAGGCAAUCGAGUUAUCGGUUCCAUCCAGUGAAAGUUACUUGCAUAAAUAAUUCCAUAGAGGCUCUCACUCAUCUAGUUGCACAUAUCAGUCUAUGCUGGUGGAUACUACGUAACACAGCGAGACAGAAUGAAACGUGCAGUGUGGGCGGUUUUAAUUGUAGCUUGGUGUAACUUGGCGCAUUCAGUGGCCGGAAUACCAUUUAUAACACCGGGAAAGAAGCAAUCCGCAUCAACGCUAAAACCAUUCAGUUUAGAUGAUUUCCUGAAUAAGACAAUUACGUUUCGGGGAUUUUCGGGAAGUUGGAUUUCAGAUAAUGAAAUUUUACUUCAAAGUGCAGGCGACUUAGUCAUACUAAAUGUUGAUACACAUGCAGAAACCAAAUUUUUGACCGCGGAUGUAUUGAAAAAUUGGAAUGGCUCAAUUCCAACCCUCGCAUCGAAUAGGAAAAAGGUACUCUUCAGAUAUGACUCACAUUCUGUAUUUCGCCACUCAACUACUGCUCGAUGUGAUGUUUAUGAUUUGGAAACCAAGAAAACAACGCAAUUGCAAUCUAAUGAACGUCUGCAACUAUGUGUCUGGUCACCGACCGGUGAGGAAGUCGCUUAUGUAUACAAAAACAACAUCUACUAUUGGGAUGGAGCUAACACUCACCAGCUAACUGACACUGGAAAAGAGGACGUUGAAUAUGUUGGCAUUCCUGAUUGGGUGUACGAAGAAGAAGUACUUCAGGAGGACGGUGCUCUUUGGUUCUCACCGGAUGGCAAGAAAAUGGCUAUAGGAGAAUUUGAUGAUUCUCAAGUGUCAACUUUCAAUAUUGCGUUCUACAGCAACCCAUCUAGUAAAACUGAAAUGUUUAUUUACCCCGAAGAGCUGCAUUUGAAGUACCCAAAACCCGGUACAUCAAAUCCUGGUGUUUCCCUGAAGGUGAAAGAAUUGGCAACGGCUAAUAAUAAAAAUUGGACAAAGUUGCCUGCUCCUAGUUCUAUUGUGUCCGAAGACCAUAUCCUUCAAUCGGUCUCAUGGAUUGAUAACGAUAACGUGCUGGCUGUUUGGCUGAAUCGCCGGCAGAAUGUCACGUCCAUACAAAAAUGUAGUAUUGCUGGUACCUGCGAGCAGGUUACUAAAAUGGAAGAGCCUAAAGGUUGGAUCAUGAUUAGCAAACCUAGAUGUUAUUCAAGCAGCAACAGCUGUUUCUUCACUUAUUGGAUUGAUAAUUGGAUACAAAUUUGGCAACUGGACCUUACCACUGGCAAAAACCUAAGAAGCUCACUAGGUCAAUUUACUGUGAUUAGUAUUUAUGGAUAUAAAGAAUCCACUGGAGAUAUAUUUUAUUUGGGAACAGCCCCAGAUCACCCAGAACAAAGGCAUGUCUAUCGAAAUAGUGAAUGUCUCAGUUGUUCUCUAAAGGAUCCUGAUGGUGUUGCAUGUACUUAUGCGGCAGCGUCAUUCAGCAAAGAUUUCUCGUAUUACACAAUAACAUGUUCAGGACCGACUCCAACUUAUGUUCGGGUCUAUAACUCAGCAGGCCAAAAGAUUCUAGAUUGGGAAGAAAACACAGCCUCUCGUCAGAAACUUGAGCAGUAUCAAAAACCGCACUCACAGUUCCUACAAAUUCCUGUUAGCGGUGGCUAUAAAGCAAUGGUUAAGUUGCUCCUUCCAGCCGAAAUCAACUUUGACUCUCCCGAUCCUGCAAAGAAAUAUCCGAUGAUCGUUUACGUUUAUGGUGGACCUAACUCCGUACGAGUAACCGAUGCGUUUUCAAUUGGCUUUGAAAAAUAUUUAACGACCAGUCGCAAAAUCAUAUACGCUCAGAUUGAUGGACGAGGUUCAGGAUACAAAGGCAAAGACAUGCUUUUUGAGAUCAAUAAUCGUUUAGGAACGGUGGAAAUUGAUGAUCAAAUUGAUGUCACAAAGGCUUUGGCCUCGAAAUAUUCAUUUAUCGAUCCUGAAAGGAUUGGAAUUUGGGGCUGGAGCUAUGGUGGAUAUGCCACGGCAAUGGCAUUGUCGAGAGAUAAGGAUCAUGUAUUCCAGUGUGGUAUCUCGGUCGCCCCAGUAACAUCAUGGAUUUAUUAUGACACUAUUUACACUGAACGAUACAUGGGCCUUCCUACAGAAGAAGAUAAUGAAGAAAACUACAUAGCUUCGGACGUUACGCAGGAAAUUGAUCAAUUCAAAAAUCAUGAUUUUAUGCUCAUACAUGGCACUGGUGAUGACAACGUCCACUAUCAGCAAUCGUUAGCAUUGGCUAAGGCCUUGCAACUCGCGGGCAUACUUUUCGAACAAGUGAGUUAUCCUGAUGAAGAUCAUUCACUUGGCAACGUACAACGGCACCUCUAUCAUACAAUGGAUCAAUUCUGGGGCAACUGCUUAAGUAUAGAAGAAUCCGAAGAAUGAUUUAUUCAAAGUUAUUUUCUGAAUGAUUUUAAUUAAAAUAAGAUUUAUUUUUGAUACAUUU